CUGAUGACUCCAAAUUUCUUUCACAUUUUGGCGACGAGGAUGGGAUGGACGCUCCAAUGCUCAGGGCCUGAGUUCUGACUGAAGGUUACUACCGGUAAGGAAAAUUUCCGCUCCACCAAGGAGGACAGGAAUCCGCCUGACGUCAGGAACGGGUGCUGACCAGUGGACGCUCCAUCUCUUUAGAAAGUGAAAGCAGCCCUUCCUGACCCUGCAGUAGCCGAACUACACCACAUACGGCCCGGAGACUGGAUAGUGGUUAAGGACCUCAGACGGAAGCAUUGGCAUCAACCCCGGUGGUCAGGACCAUUCCAAGUGCUGCUGACAACUCCAACUGCCGUCCGGAUAGCUGAGAGGGAUACCUGGAUCCAUGCGACCCAUUGUAAACCCUUUCCUGGGAAUGCCUUAUCCAACGGAACAACAACAACGGGAAAUUAAUCAAGGAAAAUGCUGCAAAACCUUGCUAGCAGUUUUCUUCAUUGGGAUCAUCACCACAGGCGUGUCAGUCCAAUGGCCUGGACAUCAGAAAAAUGACAGCCUGCGACAAAUGGACUUCAAAAGUCAGCAUAUAACAUCAACAACCAUACAUACUACUGAUUCACUCACAUUCACCAGUCAAACUGACAUCAUUCACACUUUGACACCUAUUCUUCCACCGAGGAAUGAAGAAAGACUGAAAACAUCGAGGGAGUACAAAGACACUGAGGGCAAAGGUGGCGUGGGUGUGUCACCCAUGCAGGAAAAAGUUACUGUCACAGAAGAAUUAGUCAGGAAGAAAAGACAACUUUUUGAACACACUGAUUGGAAACCGUGGAAUUUCAACGCAAAUGAAUUGCUUGAUAAUUCUAACCAAAAAAAUAGUUGGUAUUCUUUCAUUGGAUGGAUGAAAAACAAGGUGUACGGCUCAAACACUACUGUACUAAUUGUUCAGAGUCCUCCAGCUAACUGGCAUUCCUUGUUCCAGCUGGAGGUGAGACAUUGUCCUUGUUUAGAUCCUGUCAUUAGUUUAGUGCAAUAUUACGCUGAUUGUCCCCACAUGGACACUACAAGUCGGAAAUCGUGUAAAGCUUCUCACCAUGCAUGGUAUACGGCGAGAAAGAAAGUCUAUAGUCAUACGACAUAUCAGGCAAAUAUGUAUUUAUCUUGUGUAGAUUGGUUUUGUGAGAACAUGGUUCCACAAUCUUUCCCUUCAAAUUCCACUUAUGCUGAACCAACUGAGAUUCCUAACAAGAGCACAAAUCUCUCACAUUCUGUUUGUUUAUGUUCAAACGGCACAGGUCAGUUCAUGGGAAUCUCACAUUGUUCAAACCCUGUUAUUAGUUUAAACACUAAUCGAGUUAAGUUCGGUCCCAUUAAAAUAACAUUUAGAAAUAAAGAAACUGUGCUAGUCAAUAAAUAUCUUCAUGCUCCUGCACAUAAAGGUAUACCUCCUAUUGGAAAUUUUUAUUGGCUUUGUGGUAAUGAGGCAUUUUUGUUUUUACCACCAAAAUGGUCUGGGUGUUGUUAUUUUGUUAACUUAACUAUUGCUAAUUUAGAAAUACUCCCAAUAACUCUGAAUCAAAAUUCAAACCCUAUGCACGUCCAUAAACGAGAGAUGGCACAGUUUUCCACCCUCUCAUCAUAUCAUUGGCGUAUUUCAUUGGGAGAAAAAUGGGGUAUCGGAUUAUUGCCUUGGUAUGGUGUUACAUUUCUGGCUGACCAUAUUGACAACAUUACAUAUUCAAUGUCUGGUUUUGCUAAUGAAACUAUAAAAGGCUUCCAAUAUUUAGCGGCAAAUGACAAAUCCCAUAGGUUAACUCUGUUAAAACACGAAAUGGCACUUGAUUAUAUUUUGGCAAAAACUGGAGGUCUUUGUCUGACUCUAAAUUUAACAGGUGACUCAUGUGUUACAAUAAUCCCUGAUAACUCAGAUAACAUCACUAGUGUGAUUACAGCACUGGAGAAGAUCCGUGACUCAUUUGGUCCCUCUGAAUCAGCAGGUUUUAGUUUCAAUAGAUGGUUAAACGAACAAUGCUGCAAAAUUGACUGA